AUGAGGGAAGGAACUCCAAGAGUCAGAAUUGAAGUGAAUAAGAGACCAACUCAUUUCGUCUCCGAGUCAGAAGAACAGAGAUUGCAACGAGUUCACAGUAGAGAUUCGGAUACUGCUACAAUGAAUUUUGUUACGGAUGAUAGAAUGCAGGAAGAGCACGAGGAGUACAGCGCAUUCAAAGAGGCGUACGAAGAGGAAGAGAGUCGCGAAUACGUUAUUGAAAACGGAGUGAAACGACUUGUCAAUCAACACUACGAUUCUCGUGGAUACUCUUCAGCUGGACGAGGCCAGAAGGGACGCCGGGAGGAGGAGCGGAGACGGAACAUGGCUGUUGACUAUUCAUCCCAAGACUUCCGUCAAUCAUUGGCAGCAAUCGACCAGGCGAGCCGUGAUGGAGCCAUUUCUCGUGGUGAAGAUGGAGUUAGAGUUCGACAAAUUGGAGACACAACUAUCAUGACAGAGCAUCGAGAUCCUUAUUCUUUUUAUUGGCAAUUGGAUCAACAAAGAAGAGAAGCUGAGUCUCCGCCGAGAAGAGCUCCACCAACGGAUUAUGUGAUUGACGAAGAGGAAGAAGUACUAGAUACUGUAUUAUCUCCAGAAACGGAUGAUAGUGGAGUUAUGUUCGAAAAUCAAUAUAGAAGGCCCGUCAGACAUCCGUUGCCUCCACCACCUCCAAUCAUGGAAGAAGAACCAAAAGAUCUGCCUCCGGGAUGGGAAAAACAUCAAGAUCCACAAGGAUAUUCAUAUUAUUGGCAUGUGGAUAGUGGAACCAUUCAAAGACAACCACCUCCUCCAGUGCGUGAUGUGACACCUGCUCGAAGUCCUUCCCCACCUCCUCCACCGGCCGUGUAUUCUGUUACAACAGCUAGUCGGGAAACUCAAGCUGAUGCUCCUCCACCUCAAAUCAUUCAAUUGCCUCCACAACAACCUGUUAUUGAAGAGCACGCAUUCAAGCAGACAACCACAAAACGAAGAAUUGAACAAGAUGAAAUGAGUGAAGGAUAUGCAGAGGAAAAUCAAAUUGAAAAUGGAGAUUCAUACCAUAAACCAGUGAGAUUCGCUGUUCGAUCAAUGGGAUGGAUUGAGAUUUCUGAGGAUGAAUUGACGGCUGAAAAGUCAUCGAGAGCAGUCAAUCGUUGCAUUGUUGAAUUGACGAAUAGAACUGAUAUCGACAACAUCCCAAAAUGGGGAGAUGGUCGUGAACUUAUAAUGGAACUUGACGAUAAUGAAUUGGCACUUAUUGAUCCAGAUUCAAUGAAUGUUAUCCAUGCCGAACGAAUUCAAUCAAUUAGAGUUUGGGGAGUUGGAAGAGAUAACGGAAGAGAUUUUGCAUAUGUUUCCCGUGAUCGUGGGACUCGUCGAUUCAUGUGUCACGUCUUCCGAUGCGAUACUUCUGCCAAGACAAUUGCCAACACACUUCGAGAUAUAUGUAAACGACUCAUGCUUCAUAGAAGACCAUCUAGUCUUCAUGCUAUUGAAUCUGGAGAAAAGAGAAUUGUCCGAAGUGAGGGAUUAUCUGCACCAAUUGAUGAGCCAAGGAAAGUUCUCCGAUGCCAUUUCCUAGGUGUCACUCAAGUUCCAAAAGCUACUGGAAUUGAGAUUCUGAAUGAAGCAGUCGAUAGAUUAGUGUCACAAGUUCGUCCAGAAAGAUGGAUAUUCGCGGAUGUCUCCAUUGCUCCAUCCACAAUUGCAAUUGUUGAAGUCAACGGAGGACAAAUUGCAGAGUGUAGAGUCAGAUAUUUGUCUUUCCUUGGAAUUGGAAAAGAUGUCAAACAUUGUGCAUUCAUAAUGCAAACCUCGAACGAAAGCUUCAUGUGCUAUGUAUUCCACGUGGAACCAAGUGCUGCCACGAUGGCAAAAAUGAUUGAGGCAGCAUGUAAACUUCGAUAUCAGAAAGUUCUUGAUGCUCAUUCAUCAUCUCGUCAUCACUCAGGCAUGUCUAAUCACGGACCUCUACCACCUCCAUCAUCCUACCACGGCAAGGGAUGGACUGAAACUUUUCGUGACGCCUUUGGGUCAGUAACAUCUCGAAUGGUACCUUCCAGAUCCACUCAAAGAUUGUAA